UGCAAAUUUAUCUCCAAUACCCAAAAUUCAUACUUCCAUUUAAAAAAAAAAACAAUGGAACACCCAAGAUUCCUGUUUUCAGGUUCUCUUAUCAGUUUUGCUGUUAUAACUGCUACUUUUGCUUGCUCUAAUGGACAAUGCAAGCUUGGAGAUGAAUGUUCGUCUGAUGCAGACUGCCAAACCGGGCUAUCUUGUUUUUCUUGUUCUGAAGCAUUUGAUGGCUUAAGAUGUAUCCGAUCAACAACUACCAACCAAUUCGAGUUUAUGAAUUCUUUACCAUUCAACAGAUAUGCAUAUUUGACAACACAUAAUUCCUUUGCCAACGAAGUGGAGCCGCUUCACACUGGAAUUCGACUUACCUUUUUAAAUCAAGAAGACAAUGUAACACAACAGUUAAAUAAUGGAGUUCGAGCACUGAUGCUUGAUACAUAUGAUUUCAAGGGAGAUAUAUGGUUGUGCCAUUCUUUUGGGGGGAGAUGCCAUGACUACACUGCAUUUUGGCUUGCUAUUGACACUUUAAAGGAAGUUGAGGCAUUUUUAUCUGGAAAUCCAUCAGAAAUUGUGACACUGUUCCUAGAAGACUAUGUUGAGACCCCAAAUGGGUUAUCCAAAGUUUUCAAAGAUGCAGGUUUAAUGAAGUAUUGGUUUCCAGUCUCAAGUAUGCCACAAAAUGGUCAAGAUUGGCCAUUAGUAAAGGAUAUGGUUGCCAGUAACCAAAGAUUUGUUGUCUUCACUUCAGCCAAGUCAAAGCAAGAAAGUGAAGGAAUAGCAUAUCAAUGGAACUACGUGGUUGAAAAUCACUAUGGGGAUGUUGGGGAGCAUCCAGGAGAAUGUAGCAACCGCGGAGAGUCGGCGCCACUCAAUGAUAAAACUAAAUCUCUGGUUUUGAUAAACCAUUUCCAUUCCAUUGCAUUCAAAGUAAUGGCUUGUGAAGACAAUUCAGCAAGUCUUAUUAGUAUGCUUGAUACAUGCUAUGGAAGAUCAGGCAACCGUUGGGCUAACUUUGUCGCUGUUGACUAUUAUAAGAGAAGUGAUGGAGGAGGAGUGUUCCAAGCUGUUGACAAAUUGAAUGGCCAAUUGCUAUGCGGCUGUGACGAUGUCCAUUCAUGCGUGCCUGGAUCAUCAUCAGCAACAUGUUCUGCAACAAAGGACCAAUGAAUCUCGUUUUUGUCUCUUAAUAGCUUACUAUUGGUGAACAUACUAUAUAAUGUUUAUAUUAUUUAUAUGCCUUAGGUAGCAUUAUUUACUUAUUAAUCCUGACAGGGAGGAACAGCCAUUACUCUCGUCUCGUUGAAAGUUUCAAAAAUGGUUGAUCUGCAGUUGUCAAUUGAGGAUUUGAAACUAGCUAUUUGGUUUGGCUUGUAUCAAUGAUUCAGUCUAACACUGAAUAGCUGGCUUUAUCCUAUUGAUUUUGAAAUCUGGUUCAAGGGCUCAACAGUUUGAUUCGGGUUCUAAUUCAGGAGAAAUACAUAAUUAAAAAGGAACACAUUUAUUCAUAA